AUGUCGAGUGACUUGAAAGGGGGUAAUGCAGCGACAUCUGUUUUUCAACCAUCUUGUCGAAGAGUCCAUUUGAAAUAAAUUUACGGCGGCAACUUUGUUAAACUCUAAAGUAAGAAGCUACGUCCAAAAUCAAUAUUUUAACAUAAUUACUAUGGAGACGUUUGUAAAUAAUUGUCAAGGAUACUUAACAAAUUAACGAAAGUAUAAAUAAGAGUUGUAAAAUAGAUAAAAAAGACAGACAGACACUCAGAUAGUUAGAUAGUUAGAACAUUGAAUGUUCAUCAUUGAAUUUUAGUCAAAAUAUCAAAUGACCUGAACGACAACAAAAGGCAAAAAUGGCUUGCCACGGAACGUGUUAACGCGCGAAAUCGCGUCGGACGACGAAACGGGCAAGCAUUACGAAUGAAUUGUUUCUUCCUGCGAAAGAAAAAUAAACGAACUGGAGGGCAAACAACAGUGACGCGGUAAGAUAAAUAGAAACACAGAAAUAGAUAAACAAUAGGUAGAGAAAUAAAUGAAAAUGGAUUGGAUAAAUGGAACGAAGUAAAACGAAACCAGUCACAGACGGAUAUAAUAAUGGGAUCAAACAGAUGAAAUAAUGGAGUCGCAGGUAGAUACAAUGAAAUGUAAUGCAAAUAAAUAAAUUGAAUAAGAGGCGACGGAUGAAAAAAUAAAUAAAUAAAUAAAUUGAUAAAAGAAAUGUAAAUAGUAAUAGUAAGAAAUAGGUAAAUAAAUAAGUUUUAAAGCAUAUCGGCGUUUCAACGCGAAAGUUUAUAACAAUUCGCAUAAUAGAAUAUAUUAUUCUAUUGCUAUACUAUUAUUAUAUACCCUAUUCACAUACACUAUAUUCUAUUAUUAAUAUUAUACUAGUAAUAAAGUAUAUUAGAAAAAAUAUAUUAGAAAUUAUAGUAUUUAAUAGAAUAUAUAAUAGUAAUAUAUAUAGUAUAUAAUAGUAUUAUAAUACAUGUGUAAUAUAACAUAUAUAAAUAUAUGUAUAAUAUAUUAUAUGUUAUAUAUAUAAUAGCAUACAAUAUAA